AGUUUUUUUUCCCCCAAAGGGGCGUAUUUUUCAAGCCAUCUUGACUGAAUAUCUAGCUAGCUACAUCAACCUGACAUAUCUUACAUAAUUUUAUGUAACAAUUAGUGUAUAUAUUUCCAGUUGAAAACGUCUAAAUCACAGAUAUGUAACCAGGUCGAGUUUGAGCAUUUGUCUGAAGUCACCAUGGAGGACUGAAGUGCUGAAGAUGACGCUGUCGCCCCUGAAAUUACCGGCUAGCAAUGCCCUAGCUUGUUAUUAGGUCCUUUUCGGUCGUAUUUCAACAUUAGCUAUCUAAUAUUACCUUUCUCUGGCUUGCGCAUACCAUAGGAUCACGUUAAACAAGAACUCCGUCCUCCUCGCCCUCUCCAAUCUAGAAAGCUAGUGCAAACCCCCAUGAGGAGGCUGCGGAGGAGGGGAUGCAGGCCAGGAGUAGUUGGCCUUGAGAUGGGCAGGGGUAGAGGGAGGGGGAGGGGCAGGGACUCCAGUGUUCAGCUGCGGCCACCUUCCCCCUAUAGACUGCAGCUAUCUCCAUCUAGAGAAACUUUGACCUAUGCUCAGGCCCAGAAGAUGGUGGAGGUGGACCUGGAUGGAAGGCUUCACCGGAUCAGCAUCACCGACCCUCUGCCAGUCAUCACAGAGGAUGAGAUGAUGGCUCAGGACAUUGUUGAGUGCAACAGUAACAAAGAGAACAGCGAACAAACCCAGAGCAGAGCCAGACCAGGGCGCAAACCUCCCAACCCAAAGGGCCGCAGGAGGGAAAGCAAAACCUCAUCUCACCAGAGCCGACGUUCUGGCAGUCAGCAGUACACUCAAAGCCACACCAAUUCCUCCCAACACCCUUCUCACCAAAGCCCUCUCCCCGAGCCAACCUUCCGCGUGCUUGACUGUCCGUGUCCUUUAGACACACCUCCCCUACCUGUGGCCUACUACCGUUUCGUAGAGAAGUCAGGGGAGGAGCAGGACUGUGAGGCAGAGUACGACAUGGACGAGGAGGACCUGGCCUGGCUGGAGAUGGUCAACCAGAAGAGGGUAUCUGAUGGCCACGCGUCCGUCUCCCCGGACACCUUUGAACUGCUGAUCGACCGUCUGGAGAGGGAGUCCAUCCUGGAGUCACGGAACCAGGCCCUGUCCCAGAGUGCCAUAGACGAGGAUGCCUUCUGCUGCGUCUGCCUGGACGACGAGUGUCUCAACAGCAACGUCAUCCUGUUCUGUGACAUCUGCAACCUGGCCGUCCACCAGGAGUGUUACGGUGUGCCCUACAUUCCUGAGGGCCAGUGGCUGUGCCGCUGCUGUCUGCAGUCCCCCUCGCGCCCUGUGGACUGUGUGCUCUGCCCCAACCGGGGAGGUGCCUUCAAACAGACUAGUGAUGGACGCUGGGCCCACGUUGUCUGUGCCAUAUGGAUCCCAGAGGUGUGCUUUGCCAACAUGGUAUUCCUGGAGCCGGUGGAGGGGGUGAAGAACAUCCCCUCAGCCCGCUGGAAGCUCACCUGCUACCUGUGCAAGCAGAAAGGCCGGGGCGCGUCCAUCCAGUGCCACAAGGCCAACUGUUACCGGGCCUUCCAUGUCAGCUGUGCCCAGAAGGCUGGCCUCUUCAUGAAGAUCGACCCGGUCCGGGAGACUGGGGUCAACGGAACCACCUUCUCUGUGAAGAAGACUGCCUUCUGUGAGAAUCACUCCCCAGUCGGGUCACGGCGAGAUGGGUCAGGUGAUGAGGCGGUGGAGGGAAGGCUGGUGGGAGGCAGGGGGAAUAGGGGUCAAAGGUCAUACACUCAGAGCCCCCCGGCACCGCCCAGUAAAAAGACUCCCAAAGGCCAGAAGAAGAAGAAGAAGAAAGGAAAGAAGAGCCUAGCUGGUCAGACGACCCGUCGCUCUGCUGUGCCUGUGCUGCUGGUGCCUCAAAUCCCCUCUCACAGGCUGAACAAGAUUUGCAUUGGGGUUGCUGUCCAGAGGAAGAACCAGUUCAUUCAGAGGCUUCACAACUACUGGCUGCUGAAACGUCAGUCCCGAAACGGCAUGCCUCUCAUCCGGCGCCUGCACUCGCAUCUGCAGGCUCACAAGACUGCUGAGCAGAGGGAACCAGAUGAGAAGCUUUGUGCGGCGAGGGAGGAGCUACGGUACUGGCAGAAGUUGCGGCAGGACCUGGAGAGAGCCCGGCUCCUGGUGGAACUCGUCCGCAAGAGAGAGAGACUAAAGAGAGAGCAGAUGAAACUUCAACAGGCUGCUCUGGAGCUGAAGUUGACCCCAGCGUUAAUACUGCUGCGUUCCACCCUGGACCAGCUUCAGGAGAAGGACGCAGCACAGAUUUUCUCUCAGCCUGUCAAUCUAGCAGAGGUGCCAGACUAUCUGGAGUUCAUCUCCAAGCCCAUGGAUUUAUCCAGCAUGCGUGCCAAACUGGAGGCCCAUGCCUACUGCUCCACAACCGACUUGGAGGGGGACUUUAACCUCAUGGUGUCCAACUGCCUGAGGUACAACUCCAAGGAGACCGCGUUCCACCGAGCCGCCUUGCACCUACGGGAGGUGGGAGGAGCCGUCCUCCGCCACGCCCACAGACAGGCGCAGAGCAUCGGGUUGGACCCCAGCACUGGCAUGCACCUCCCAGACUCUCCUAACAAGCAUGGCUUCUACCAAUGCACCUGGGAGGACGUGGACUCUCUCCUGGAUCCAGACAACAGGCUCCACCUGUCCACAGAGGAGCAGCUGAAGGCCCUGCUGGAGAAGCUGGACAUGGUGGCAUCCAUGCGCUCCAGUGGAGGACGAACCAAACGCAUCCGGCUGCUACGUAGAGAGAUCAACACGGUCACGCACAAACAACAGCGCUCACAAUCGCACAACGGGAAAGAAGAAGAGGAAGAGGAAGAAAAUGGAAAGAAGGACAAUGUGGAGAACAGUCCUUUAACAUCAGCCUCUACUCCGGGGAAAGAUGCCUCUCCACCAACACUAGAGUCUUCAUGCCCAGCGUCGUCACCCCUGCCAGGCGAUGCCCCACCUGAGCCACCCGUACUGGGCCUUGUGACCGCAGGGCGAAGGUCACCAGGGCGCUCUUACAAACGCCAGAGAUCCUCGCCGAGUGGGGGAAAAAGGCAGAGUGAUGAUGAUGCUGAAGUUGAGGAGACAGCGACACCGUGCAAACAGAAGGAGGAUUCUGAAAAGUUCUCUCCUUCACAGACUCCCAGUCCCCCCACUAACGCAUGUCCUUUGAUUGGAGUUGGCCGGCGGACAUCUGUUCUGUUCAAGAAAGCUAAAAAUGGAGCGAGACUGGCAAAGAUCAGAGCAGCUCAGUUACAGUAUGUAGGGACCACUGAGGGUAAAACCAAUGGAUUGGACAGUUCCCCCACCAUUAUAAAACCUCCCAGUGAGACUGCCCCUCCCCCCACUCCCUCCUCACCGUCAUCCCACCGCCUGAGGUCCAGAGGGCCCAGCUCUGACAGCGAGGGAGACAAGCCCCUCCCCCUUGUCAAAGUAGAAGGCUUUACAAAUGGUCUAGGAAAGCACAAAGAUGACUCCUCAGACAUAGCAUCCAAUGACCAAAAACAUAGUGUCCCCCCGCCACCCAAACGCAGCCGUGGUAAACCAGCUCUGGCUAAAGUCCCAGAAAGCCAGAAUGGAGGCUCAGUUCAACAUCCCACAUCUUUGUGUUUGUGCUCAGGGGGAAGUAUGCUUUUGCCCUUUGAUAGUGACACAGAGCUCACACCACUUGACCUGGUCUGGGCUAAGUGUCGUGGAUAUCCAUCAUACCCAGCAAUGGUUGUUGACCCAGACAUGCCUCAGGAAGGGCUUCUUCACAAUGGCAUCCCCAUCCCCGUGCCUCCUGGGGACGUGUUAAAACUGGGGGAGCGGAGGCAGAAGGAGACCGGGGAGAGGCACUACCUUGUGCUGUUCUUCGACACCAAAAGGACCUGGCAAUGGCUGCCACGGGACAAGUUGCUGCAAAUGGGGAUGGAUGACACGGUGGACAAACUGCGCCUGAUGGAGGGCAAGAAGCCCAGUGUCCGCAAGUCUGUACACACGGCAUACGACCGUGCCAUGAUACACCUGAACCACGUUAUCAACCACGUCAAGGGGAACCUCACUUUCAACCCCUCCAAUUUUAUAUGAAGGAUUUUAGUGUCAGUCUGCAAAUCCACAGCAAACUGUCUGGCUAGGACUGCUCAAACCCUCACCAAUAACACCAAUCUUCAGUGAGAAAAUAACAUUUUCUUCAUUCAUUUACUAGAAGGUGGACAUGGAAUUUGAGUGGUUCAAUAUACAGUUUUCUUAAAUAAUGAACUUUCUUCUCAAAUAAUGUUCCUAUUGGAUUGUCAACAUUGCUGUACACCAUUUUGCUAUGGGGAAACUUAAGUUAACAAUUCUAAUUUAGAAAAAUAAAAGCAAAUGGAAUGGACAACAUUAUUGGCAGGAGCUAAUACUUUGUUGCCCAGCCUUUGGCUAAGUUAACUGAAAAAGAAUUAGCUUGCUGCACCGUUCUACUGGCAAUUUGUCCUACGCUUCAGCUGCAGACUGCUUCAAUUCUUCAAUGCUUGAGUGGUGCCGCUCUCUCCAUAGGUUUUUAAAGCGAUUCAGUUCUGGACGUAUCACUGGCCACUGCAGAACAGUUCACUGUUUUAUUAUUGAAACAUUCCUGGCUGCUUUUUGAUGUGUAUUUGAGUUGCUCUGUUGGAAGACCCACAACCUUCAACAGAGACUCAGUUUUUGGACACUGGGUUGAACAUCGUACUCAAACACCUGAUAAUCUCAUGAUUUGAUGAUGUCUUGUACACAUUCGAGGACCCCAGAGGCAGCAAAGUGACCCCAGGCUUUAAACAUUUUUUUUUUUAAAGUUCAAUGGGGCUUUCUGGUCUCUUUCAGGAGUGGGGUCUUCCUAUGUUUACCAAUGACCAAAUGAUGCAUUCAAAUAAAAUAACACCCUCCCUAGACUCAAACAUGGGGAAGGUGUGGGGUUGCUUUGAUGCCUCUGGUAUGUAGGGCCUUGAAUGUUUACAAGGUGUUUUGGAGUACAAUGUUCAACUCGGUGUCCAAAAACUGGGUCUCUUUUGAAGGGUGCGGUUCUUCCAGCAGGACAACAACCCAAACACACAUCAAAAAGCACCGAGAAAUGUACUGGAGUCCAGAGCUGAAUCCCAUCAAAAACCUAUGGAGAGAUCGGCACCACUCAAACAUUACAGAAUUGGAACAGUCUGCAGCUGAACAGUGGGCCAAAUUGCCAGUAGAACGGUGCAGCAAGAUCCUUUGUGGUGUUAUUUUGCAGUCAACUUGGCCAAAGGCUGUGCGACCAAGUAUUAGCUUGUAGAUUCCAAUAAUGUAGUUCAUGGUAUUUUGCUUUUAUUUUCAGAAAAAAAAAUUGUAAACUGAAGCCCCCCCCCCCCCAAAAAAAAAAAUGGUUCUGCAAUGUUGACAAUCCAAUAACAUUUGGAGAUCAACAUUUUCUUUGGUAAUUUCAACUUAUUUUAGAAGACUGAGAAUUCUUUAAGAAAAGUGCAAGGGUGCCAAUAUAUUUGGCUGCAACUACCUAAAAUGAGUGAUGAUCUGAUUGACUCUGACCUUUUUUUAGGGGGAAUGUUAUAAUUUUGGAAAUUGGGGGGAAAUGUGAAAGGAGGAGUUCCUAAAAGACAUGGAUUUUAGGAUAUAUAUUUUUUAAGAUAAAAUCUGAUUACUCAUUGAUUACUUUUUAGUACUUUACACAACCACUCUGUUGCAAUGAGUCUAGUAAUAAUAUACAUUUUGUUUUAGCCAGAAGUCAAUCAAGACAAAGAAAGUCAUUGUAUAUAUUUUAUCCUCAAAGGGGAAUUUGCUUGAUUCAAAGCAUAUUCAGAUGUGUCAUUGAAAUGCCAUGCUUCUUAUACAUUUUUACACAUUGAUGCUAUUUCUGGGUUUAUUUCUUUUUUUUUUAUAUGAAAUGGUGGUGGUGUGCUUGUUGCAGCUAUUUGAUGGAACAGGACUUUUGAAUGUCUCGUCAUGACUUAGGAAAUGGGUCACUGCAACCACUUCAAUAAGGUCAAUAACUUGGGAUUCCAGUCAGUGGCAAGAUGGGAUUUGCAAACCCUCCAAUGACUUGAAAAGCACAAUGUUAGUUUGAAAUGGUUUGUAGAUUGAGCUCUGAAGCCAUAGGUAUGAAGAAAAAAAAAAGAAAAAAACUUGGUUAUGUGCAUAUGCAUAUUUGUAUAUAUGUAAAUGUCUGUGUUUAUAAUACACAAAGUAAUUUAAGGAAUGCAAAAAAAAAAUCUAAAUAUUAGAUUUUAAUUUAUAUUGUGACAAUUGAGUCUGUUAUUUAAAAAAAUAAAUAUUGAAAAAGAUGUAGGAAGCUUUGUAGCUCUUUGUAUCAAUGUUUCCUAGUGGUCAGUUGGCACAAAACCCUGUAGUUGUCUAGGCAUAAGUGCACUAGCCUACUAGCCUGUUUAUUAGGUGGCUCAAAGGAGUUCUGGAUCUUGCAAUUUGAAUUAUACCGCAAGAUCUAAAAUCUGUCAAACAAUAUUUUCUCAAAUAAAUAUUGUUUAAAACGGUU